UGUUCAGUUUGUUUAGCAGCUUAGGAAUCUAAUCAUGUCUGGUCGUGGUAAGGGCGGAAAAGGCUUGGGAAAAGGCGGCGCCAAGCGCCACCGCAAAGUCCUCCGCGACAACAUCCAGGGCAUCACCAAGCCCGCCAUCCGCCGCCUGGCCCGCCGUGGCGGAGUCAAGCGCAUCUCCGGCCUUAUCUACGAGGAGACCCGCGGGGUGCUGAAGGUGUUCCUGGAGAACGUGAUCCGCGACGCGGUCACCUACACGGAGCACGCCAAGCGCAAGACCGUCACCGCCAUGGACGUGGUCUACGCGCUCAAGCGCCAGGGCCGCACGCUCUACGGCUUCGGCGGUUAAGCCAUUGUUGCGUAUUCUCCAUUUUCGCAAAAGGUCCUUUUCAGGACCACCACUUGAUCCUCAAAAAGCUGUACAUUGCCGUGUCUCUUGGCCAUUCUGAACAUAAUCUGUCCUUGGGCAGCCCCCACUGCUUGGAAAUUGAGCCAUGUUUAGGGAAGUCAACCAGAAGAGGUUCUCCAGUGUUGGGAAAGUCCGUUAAUUCAGAAGCAGCACCCCCCGCGCGCGCCCGUCUGAGGGUGAGUUCCAGGGCUACAGAGAAAGCCUGUCGCUAAAUAAAACCAAAAAGCGGGUGGGGGCUGUGUGAAAUAAGCACGUCUGACUCUCGAGGAGUUAAAAAGAAUUGAAUAAAAAGGAGUGAUGAUUACGUUGAGAAAUCUGAGCUCAUCUACAUGCAGUUUACUGUUUUGUGAGUUCUGACCACCAGAAGAUGAAAAUAGUGGUACGAAUAUCACUGACAUGUAUGCGAUAUUUUUCUUGACAAAUACUGACAUUAAAUCUAUGUUAGUUACUACA